GGCCCGGCCUCCCGCAGCGCCCCCUGGCGGCCGCCGCGCCCUCAGGCGGAGGGGCGGCAGCGCCCCCUCGUGGGCGGCCCCGCCCGUGCGUAUUGCGCAGGCGCGGCCGCCGGGCGGUCACGUGGCGGAGCAGCAAGAUGGCGGCGCGCGGAGUGUGACCGAGGAGCCCCCCAGAGCGUCCAGCGUGCCCGGACCCGCCCGCGCCAUGGUGACGGAGCAGGAGGUGGAGGCCAUCGGCCGCACGCUGGUGGACGCGGCGCAGCCCCUGCCCGCCCGGUUCCGGGCCCUCUUCACCCUGCGGAACUUGGGCGGCCGCGCGGCCGUGGAGUGGAUCAGCCGCGCCUUUGGGGACGGCUCGGCGCUGCUGAAGCACGAGCUGGCCUUUUGCCUGGGCCAGAUGCAGGACGAGGCGGCCAUCCCGGUGCUCAUCCGCGUGCUGGAGGACACGGCCCAGGAGCCCAUGGUCAGGCACGAGGCGGGUGAAGCCCUGGGUGCUAUCGGGAAUCCUGACGUGCUGGAUAUCCUGAAACGCUAUUCCCAGGAUCCUGUGGUCGAGGUGGCAGAGACGUGUCAGCUGGCCGUGAGGAGGCUGGAGUGGCUGCAGAACAACAAGGAGCAGGCAGGCAGCAGCCCGUACCUCUCUGUAGAUCCCGCUCCCCCCGCUGAGGAGACGGAUGUUGCCAAGCUCCGGGAGAUCCUCCUGGAUGAGUCCCAGGAGCUGUUUGAGCGCUACCGGGCCAUGUUUGCUCUACGGAAUAUGGGGGGCCAGGCUGCUGUGCUGGCCCUGGCAGAAGGGCUGCGCUGCGGCAGCGCGCUGUUCCGCCACGAGAUCGGGUACGUGCUGGGACAGCUGCAGGACGAGGCGUGCGUCCCCCAGCUGACAGCCACGCUGUGCAGCCGCGCCGAGAGCCCCAUGGUGCGGCACGAGUGCGCCGAGGCGCUGGGCUCCAUCGCCCGGCCCUCCUGCCUGCGGGCCCUGCGCGCCUUCGCCGGCGACGAGGAGCGCGUGGUGCGCGAGAGCUGCCAGGUGGCCCUGGACAUGUACGAGUAUGAGAACGGCGCCCAGUUCCAGUACGCCGACGGGCUCUGCAAGCUGCAGGCCUCCUCCUGAGCCUGGACUGGGGGCACCGGGGUGGGCGUGCUGCCUGCCGCCCCCUCCUGCUGCCAGCGGCGGAUCCGUGCCGUGCCGCGCCGAGCCGGAGGAGGGACUGGGUUUGCUCUCUGGCACAAAUACAACCACCUUUUCCCUCCAAAUCCAGGCCGAGCUGCUACUUGCCUCCCCACCGCUCCUCGCCAGCCGCCGUUUCCUGGAUCUGCCCCCUUUUCCCUGCCAGGAUCAGCGUUGCCUCCCUGCAGCAUGGCUUGGGGCUUAGACCAGGUGGGCUCUGCUUGGCACGUCAGAGCCUGCUGCGGCUCUGCAGGGCUUGGGCCUGCCCUGGGUUGGUGCUGCCCUGUUGGCAGCUCUGUUCUCCACAGCUGAGCUUUGCUGGGGGCUAGGAUGGGCUGUGGGCACCCGCUCUUGUGGGCUGUGGUGUUAGGAUGCUUUGAAAUUGCUCUCAGUGAUGGUGCCGAGCCGGGGCCCUCCUCGCCUGCACAGUGGGUUUCGCUUCUCCUGUUGGGACAAGCUGAAGCCGAGCCUGUGGCAGCCUCCGCCUCAGGAUGGGGGUUGUUUUCAUGGCAAAGCUGGGAAGAUAUGGCUGGGUUUUUUUCUGCAGGGAAGGGUGCUGCCAUUAGGGUGGGCAGGGUGUGGCAGAGCCUGCCUGGGCUUUCCCCUGUGUUUAACCAGGGCCAGGAAGGCUGAGGCUGCUGCUGGCACCCAAAUCCCUCAGUCAGCCCAGCCUGGGCACUGGGGUUUGGGGUUUGGCUGGGAAUAAAACACUGGCACAGGAA